AAAAAUACUGGAGUUUAAGAAAAAGUUGCGCAAAAUGUAUUUUAGAAAUAAUUUUAUAAGAAUGUGUUUCUGCUGUAACUGGAACAAAAUAUUCGAUUUCGCAAUCAUUCUUCUUUUUCCACAGGUGCACCUGUUUCCAGUGUGUGUGCGUGUGUGCGUGUGUGUGUGAGCUCCUUUUGGACUUGGACAGCGUGGGUGUGAGUGAACACUGUUUGAACCACAUGGCUGAAGGGAAGGACACGCUCAGACCAGCGUCAGGAGCAGAGAUCAAUCAGAGAAUUGAGUUUUUUUCUUGUUGGACGUAGAAGUGAAGACUGGGCCGAACGUCUGCCUCUUGUUCCACGGACCAGUGGUUGGGAAUCUCUCUGCUCUUCGUUGCACCUCCAGCUGCCAUGGCUCCCAGUCUGGCUCAGGCGUACAGGCGGAGGUGGUGGAUGGCUGUCACUGCCAUCCUGGAGAACCUGCUCUUCUCUGCCGUUCUGCUGGGCUGGGCCUCACUCCUCAUCAUGCUCAAGAGCGAAGGCUUCUAUUCCCACAUUUGCGUCGGAAAUGACACACUCAGCACUAAUGCCACGUCUUCAGAAGGUUCUGGGUGGAGGAGCUGCGUGGAGCAGGAGGAGACCUUGAAUCUCGGCUUCACCAUUGGCUCGUUCCUGUUGAGUGCUGCCACGUUUCCGCUGGGCAUCUUGAUGGAUCGAUAUGGGCCACGCCCACUGAGGCUGGUCGGCAGUUCCUGUUUUGCAGCCUCCUGUGCAAUGAUGGCAACGGCCGCGUACAACCCUGAAGUGCUGUCCUUCCUCAUCUUCAUCGCCGUCUCUUUUAACGGUUUUGGAGGAAUCUGCCUGACCUUCACCUCACUCACAUUGCCAAACAUGUUUGGAAACAUCCGGGCCACGAUCCUCUCCCUGAUGAUUGGCUCGUACGCGUCGUCAGCCGUCACCUUCCCUGGUGUCAAACUGAUCUAUGACCUUGGCAUUCCCUUCCACGUCAUCAUGUGGGUGUGGUCUGGAAUGGCCUGCAUCGUUUUCCUCAACUGCUUCCUGAAUUGGCCCGCAGAGUCCUUCCCUGCACCGGAGGACGUCAGACACACUAAAUCAGUGAAACUAAGUGGCGUAGUGACAGAAGACAAGGUGACUGGAGACAGAUACAUCACUCACGUCACCCUCAUGAAAGACAUGAUGGACGGAAGGAGACCAGAGCCAGAUCAGAUGGACUCUGAAGGUCCAGUCCAGGGCUCCGUGCCACUUUGUCAUUCCGUGUGCUCACCAAUCUUCCUCUGGAGCGUCAUCACCAUGGCCAUGACUCAGUUGAGACUCAUCUUCUUCAUGGGCGCCAUAAAUAAAAUGGUGGAGUUCCUGGUCACUCAUGGAGACCCCAACCCCUCAGCAGAGCUACAGAACGAGGUGAAAGAACAAGUUGGUUUCUACUCCUCUAUCUUCGGCGUCAUGCAGCUCCUCUGUCUCCUGACCUGUCCAUCCAUCGGCUACAUCAUGGACUGGAGAAUGAAGGAGUGUGAAGAGGAGAACACAAACACAGCGACAGAGCAGAGAAUAUCAGAUCCCCUGAAGAGAGACCGAAAGGUCCAGAAACUGACCAAUGCCAUGAGGGCCUUCAUCUUCACCAACCUCCUGUUGGUCACGUUCGGAAUCCUUUCCUUGAUUGACAACCUGCCGCUGCAGAUGGUGUCAUUUGUGCUGCACACUAUAGUCAGAGGUUUCAUUCACUCCUGCUGUGGAGGCCUCUACGCCGCCGUUUAUCCUGCUAACCACUUUGGGACGCUAACAGGCAUGCAGUCGAUGGUCAGCGCCGCAUUUGCGCUACUCCAACAACCACUGUUCGUACUCAUGGUGGGACACCUUCGAGGAGAUCCUUACUGGAUCAAUCUUGGCCUCCUCAUCUUCUCCCUGACUGGCUUCCUGUUGCCGGGUUAUCUCUUCUAUCACAGAAGAAACCUCAUCAGAGCAAAGGCAGCACGUGACAUACUGGCCGCAAAACAGGACAAUGACAGCACGCCUCUCAGCCAAUCAGAGACUCAAACCAAGAACAGUGGGAACACAGCCAAUGGAUACUCAUCACAAUAGACAUGUGAUCAUAUUUAAUAGUUAGGAUUUCGUUUUUUGUGAGUCAGGGAUAUUUUAAAUAUUUUCAGAGCCAGCAUUUGGUUUGACGGGGCGAUGUGGUUUGUAUUGACCUUGUCU